AUGCCUUCCUACUUUUAUCACAUCAAAUUUGAGCUGUAUCCGACGCCUGACCCGUUAACUGCUUCAGAAACAGAAGAUCGUAAGGACAUCUGGCUACCGCCGCCUGAAUCGAGUGUUUUCGACGACUUCCCAUCCCACCCGAGACCAGAUCGACAGACAACCUACAGAAUACCAAAUACUCCCGACUCUCCCUCAUACAACUCUGAAAACCACACAUCUCCAUACACAACUGUGGGGCAAAACUCGUCCACUUCGAGUCUUGGCAUAAUAGACUGUGGCACAGCUGCUAGGCCGCCUGUCAAGGAAGCCGAACGGAAGAUUGAAAUUGUGUCGGAAAGGCAGUGGCUUGAGAGAGCCAACAGCUUCCCGCCGCCGAACUCGAGCGCCGCAAUACACCCGCAAAACGCAGUUAGAGACUGGAGGUUUGGCCGCGUUAUUCUCGAAACAGUUGAUUUACGAACCGGACACACGAUGGCUGGCGAGGGUAGUCGAAACACUCCAUCUGCGGCACCCUCUUUAGGGCCAAUGUUUGGAGGGGCUGGUACGGCAACCAAGGCAGAUCUCCUUCCACUUGAGACAAAGAAUACUGAACUCGGAUGGGGUGUCGUACACUUUUACCGAGAGGGCGAUGAAACGCCCAGCCUCGUCGAAACGGAGGGCCAGGAAAACGGAACUGGAGAUUCGAAAAGCAACGACUGUACAACUCUUUGCAUCCCGGCAGUCCCCGCCUACAUGUCUCCAGGCGACCUUAUGGGAUUUGUAGGAGAAAAAUGGAGAGGUGAUAUCAGCCAUUGCCGUAUGAUUAUGACCUCGCGAAUGAACAGAUACCUUGUUCUUCUCAAGUUUCGAGACAACGUGCGAGCGAAACAAUGGCGUCGGGAAUUUGACGGCAAGGUUUUCAACACUAUGGAGCCUCAAAUAUGUCAUGUAGUGUUCGUCAAAAACAUAACAUUCGAAACGCCGACGCGAAGGAAGUCCAGCGCCGCUCUCUCACCUCUAUCCUCUUCGGCAGGAAUGUCGAGUAGCCUCCGGCCGUUUCCUCCCCCGACACCGAAUCUUGUGGAACUACCUACAUGCCCUGUGUGCCUCGAGCGUAUGGAUGAGACAAACGGAUUGAUGACUAUUCCUUGCUCUCAUGUGUUUCACUGCACAUGCCUCCAGAAUUGGAAAGGGGCUGGAUGUCCAGUCUGUAGAUUUACGAAUACGUCACCUGAUGCGAACUCGGAUCCCUCAAACCCUCAUACACAGCCAUUUGGAUCUGGAGCUUCGAAUCUUUGCACUAUCUGUGGCUGCACAGAUGACUUGUGGAUUUGUUUGAUAUGCGGCUAUGUAGGCUGCGGCCGCUACAAAGGUGGUCAUGCAAAAGACCACUGGAAAGAGACGGCACACUGCUUUUCUCUCGAGCUGGAAACACAGCAUGUCUGGGACUACGCCGGUGAUAUGUGGGUGCACCGGCUUAUACGAGCCAAAGGCGACGGCAAAGUGGUGGAGCUUCCGUCGAGGAAUAGAUCAAUUGGCCACCUGGAAGAAGAAGAUGUCGUGCCUCGGGCAAAACUUGAAAGCAUAGGUCUGGAGUAUACGCAUCUGGUCACAAGUCAACUUGAAUCACAACGGGCAUAUUACGAAGAACUAAUUAGCAAGACUGUCGACAAAGCCUCAAAAGCAUCCGCAACUGCGGAGAGUGCUAUUGUCCAGGCCUCCAAGGCCAUGGAGAAGUUGGCGCUAUUAGACGAGAAGUAUACGACCCUCAGUGAAGAGACGAUCCCCGAGCUAGAGAGGCAGCUUGAAAGAGAGCGUAACAAGUCCAACAAAAGCGAAACAUUGGCACGUAACCUUGGAAAAUCUCUACAGGAAGAGAAACGGCUGAACGAAGGAUUGAUGAAGCGAAUUGAACAUCUCAAUAAUGAUCAUGAAGCAAUGGCUAUGAAGCUAGAGAAAGUCAAGGCGGAAAAUGCAGAUCUACAAGAGAUGAACCGGGAUUUGAGUAUGUUCAUCUCUGGGCAGGAGAAAUUGAAAGAGCUGGAAAAUGAAGGCAAGAUUGCAGAGGGCGAGCUCGAGGGAGGCAGUGCGAGUGUACCAGAGAAGAAGAGCAGACGGCGAGCAAAGCGAUGA